AUGGAGGAGGAGCACCGGCGGAGGAUGUUCGAGGCGCGGCGGCGGCGGAACGAGGAGGCGCGACGGAAGCGCGAGCUCGAGAGGGAGAAGCUCGCGAAGAGAGAGGCGAAGAGAGAGGCGAAGCUGUCGAAGAAGACGGGGGGGAAUCCGAAAUCGACGCCGACGACGCCGACGACGCCGACGACGCCGACGACGACGACGCGGAUAGACCCGACGCAUCCCCAGUGGGGCGCCGACGACGCGCGCGCGUGA